AUGAAAAUUCAGUGUGAUGUGUGUGAGAAAGCACCAGCCACAGUGAUUUGUUGUGCUGAUGAGGCUGCACUUUGUGAAAAAUGUGAUAUAGAAGUCCAUGCAGCAAACAAGCUGGCUAGCAAACACCAAAGGCUUCUUCUUCAGUGCCUCUCCAACAAGCUGCCUCCAUGUGAUAUAUGCCAAGAGAAGGCAGCUUUCAUUUUCUGUGUUGAAGACAGAGCACUAUUUUGCCGGGAUUGUGAUGAGCCAAUCCAUUCAGCUGGUAGCCUUUCUGCGAAUCACCAGCGGUUUCUGGCCACCGGAAUUCGAGUGGCUUUAAGCUCUAGUUGCUCCAAGGACACUCCGAAAACUUCUUCAGAGCCACCAAAUCAGAGUGCACAACAAACGUCCUUGAAAUUGCCUUCGCAGCCUGCCUCGAGCUUUGGCUCCUCAUGGGCUGUUGAUGAGUUGCUACAGUUCUCCGACUUUGAAACAUCCACAGACAAGAAAGAGCAACUUGAGCUAGGAGAGUUUGAGUGGCUAGCUGACAUGGGUCUUUUCGGUGAGGAACUUCCUCGAGAGGCUUUAGCAGCAGCUGAAGUACCUCAACUGCCAAUCUCAGCUCCAUCCAAUGUGAGCUCAUACAGACCCACCAAAUUCAGCACGCCCCAUAAGAAGCCUAGGAUCGAGAUUGCAGACGAUGAUGAUGAGCACUUCACUGUACCUGAUCUUGAGCACUUCACUGUUCCUGAUCUUGGUUGA